CUCGGAACGCAAAUUCCGCGAGCGCAGUGUUCCCGCCGGAGUCUGGGUCUGAGGCAACCUUCCUCCUGCGCAGGCGCAGUGCCACCUACAGAGCAUGGAAGCGGUGGCUUUUCUGUGUUUGGCCGCGGCGGCGCUAGGAUGGGGCUUCCUCUGGGUUUGGGACUCUUGGGAACGCGUGAAGGGUCAGGAGCCGGCUGGCGUGCCGGGAGAUGGAAGCAGGACCCUCCUGGUGAUCGCGCACCCCGACGAUGAAGCCAUGUUCUUUGCUCCCACUGUGCUAGGCUUGGCCCGCCUGCGGCACCGGCUGUACUUGCUCUGCUUCUCUGCAGGAAAUUACUACAAUCAAGGGGAGAUUCGUAAGAAAGAACUCUUGCAGAGCUGUGAUGUUUUGGGGAUUCCACCCUCCAGUAUAAUGAUUAUUGACGACAGGGAUUUCCCGGAUGACCCAGCUGUGCAGUGGGACACAGAGCGUGUGGCUAGCACCCUCCUCCAGCACAUAGAAGAGAACAGCAUCAAUCUGGUGGUGACUUUCGAUGCAGGGGGAGUAAGUGGUCACAGCAAUCACGUUGCUCUGUAUGCGGCCGUGAGGACCCUGCACUCAGAAGGGAAGUUACCUAAAGGAUGCUCCGCCCUCAUGCUACAGUCAGUGAGUGUGUUACGCAAGUAUCUCUCGCUUCUGGACAUGCCCUUUUCUCUGCUUCAGCCCCCGGAUGUCCUCUUCGUGCUCACCAGCAAGGAAGUGGCCCAGGCCAAGAAGGCCAUGUCCUGCCACCGCAGCCAGCUGCUCUGGUUCCGCCGCCUCUACGUGCUCUUCUCCAGGUACCUGAGAAUCAACUCUCUGCACUUCCUCUGAAGCCUGAAGACUUUUCUGGGCCACAGAAGAAAGGGAGCAGAACGAGGCCAGGAAGCCCGGGGCCUGGCCGUGAGCUGGCUCACCUCCCUGAGCCCAGGGAGAUUCCAGGGUAGGAGGCCUUUCCAGAGCUCUGCUCAUCCGCGCUGGGAGCCUGUCACAAACGGGGCCCUGUGGGCCAAUUGGUUGUCCAAGCUUGAGCUUCUUCAUCUGGGGGGGGAAAAAAAGAAGCCACAGCAGCCAAAACCAAACCAACCAAGGAUAAUAAUAGCUAUCCCGUUAGAUCCUCAAGUUCUUGUGAAAAACAGGUUAUGUAAGGACACAAUGUAUGUCAAACACCGAGCACAGAGCCUGCCGGGAUUACAGAUGAAGGUAAAAGUGCGCUGACAUCAUCACUUCACGGAUGCAUUGAUGCAGUAUUUUUUUUUUAAUUUUUAACAUUUAUUUGUCUUGUGUGAGAGAGAGA